AGCAUAGACUGUAAAAAAUAGGUUACGAGCCUCCUCAUCUACCUCCGCAACGGUAGAUGGCGUAGUAGGCUCUGACAGCGACAACAAAUGACAAGAGGUUCAGUGGGGUGAGUGAAUGCAAGAUGGCUAACCACAGACAUGGACGUGAUCAUGGGAAAGAAAAGAAGUCAGACGAAGGUCCAUCAGUCGUGGAUCUAUUACUGCAUCCUGAGCUCCUGUCCAAGGACUUUAUGAAGUUGAUUUUACAUGAGAGGAAUAUUCAGGUGGACAGUGAUGGAAGCCAGGAUCAGCUUAGGGACCUCUACAUGCGGCAUGUCAUCCCUCUGCCUCAGCGAGAACUGCCAAAAAGCCGCUGGGGAAAGAAAAUGCAGAAGACUCGAGUGGAACAGAGGUCUUCACAGUCUCACGGUUACAGCAGUGACACAGGAAGGAAAAGGCCUCUAAUUGUGUUUGAUGGCAGCUCCACGGGGAGUGUUAAGAUAAAGAAGCCUGACACGCUGUCUUCACCUGGGGCCACAGACCGUCUGAAGCCUCCUCCAUCAAUGAAUAUGACCAAUCCCAUCCGCAAGCUGUCAGGCUCCUCAUCAAAUUCUUCAGUAUUGUCUUCAUCAUCGUCAUCAUCAUCAUCAUCAACAAUAACACCUAAAAGUCCCAGUGGGCCUCCAUCGUCAGAGGUUUCGAAUUCAGCCACAGCCAAUUUAAAGAGGCCUGGAGACAGUGACUGCAGUGGGGAGCUGAGUUCCCCUGAUGUGAAAAAGAAGAUUCAGCACGUAACGUGGCCCUGACCUUGCGCUCGAUGGGGCUGCCUCCCAGAGGACUCUGUCCUGGGAAUGGAUGGAUGGAUGGAGAGACAGACAGAUCUCUACCCAGUGGUGUCUGUCAUACAGACUCUAGCCUCCAACAUGAGUGUCAGUCUUGGAUUGUAUGAAGAUCUCUACAUGCUCUUCUUGAUGCAUGUUCUUCUUGUGUCAGCCUGUCUCUGUAGAGAUUCAACACACAGACCUACACCUGAAAACCUCACUCUGAAUGCCUUGACGAAUGCACAAGCCCCCCCCCUCAUAUUUAUUGAACUACACAGUUUGUAUUAGUGAGCACCAAGCCCAUGUAAACUGACAUCAUGUAAAGAGGAGAUGAUUAUGUUCAGGAACAGAUCAGCUGUGGGUAUGUGGUGUCAUGUCCAGACUGGAAUGACUCAUCCAGGAAGUAUAUGUGCCAGCAGUUUUUAUUUUAUAAACUACCUAUCCAUAGUCAUUUGUGUCUGCACACCUGCUGCCUUUACUCCUUUAGUUGUGAGAAAAUUGUUUAGUCCCAAUUCCCCCAUAGUGACAUCAGUGUGGAAUGGUGUGGUUUUUCACAUGAUUAGAUUUGAGCGGACGUGCGUGUUUGUGUGUGUGUGUGUGCGUGCGUGCAUUGAGAAUAGAGUGCUUUUAUGGAACCAUCUGACUACGAUGUACGAUGUCAAAUGAUGACAGCUGUUAGAUCUUAUCGUGGGUAGUUUUUAGCUCCCUUGGCUGUCUUCACCAAUAUGAGCUUCUUGUGUUACAGGCGGUUUUAACUUUUAAUGCAGUUGGAUGGAUAAGAAUCGCACAGAAGGCAGACUUGAGCUAUGAUAAUUUGUCUGGUUUUUCCACAAGGAUACUGUUGUAUGGCCUAUGUGUUGAAUGCUCUGGAUCUAAGGGCUGCCAAAUGAGAAAAGAUAUCUGCACAAUUAACAGCUGCAAACAUAACACCAUUGCAAGAAGAACCUGUGCAUGGAUUUCAGUAUUGGCGUACUGGAGGAAGAGACCUUUUUCAAGUCUUUUUUUUUUUUUUUUUUUUGUAUUGGCAAAAGUGGAAAAUGUUGAUGCAUUUUAGUGCAAUAAACUUACAAAAAGAAUCUGAAAGUCUUU